CGGUGCCCAAUCAGAGGGCAGAGUCGAAGCGAAAGUGGGAGGGAUUUGCGAGCAGCAGCCGGUGCCGAAGUAUAAGAUGGGGAAGGCGAGCGUCGCGUGUAAUUCUGCGGUGAUUGUCUGAUGUUCUGGUGGGUCGCCUGAGAAAAAAGACCUGAAGCACACUUGAAAAAUGCCAGCCAUCAGGAAUUUGAGCUGUGCUGUUAAACAUCUGUUGAACAAACCUGGCUGUGGCUGUCAGGUUGCUCUUGUGCCGGCUAGAUGUCUUAGCAUUUCACCCCGGCAGGUGCCAUCAGAUGCCAGCUUUCAUUCAGUAUCUUUUUCAGAAACUGAUCAUCCACGGGUGUUAAUUACAGGGGGACUAGGCCAGCUUGGAGUAGGACUUGCUAAACUGCUACGAAAACGCUUUGGAAAGAACAACGUGAUUUUGUCAGAUAUUAGAAAGCCCCCCAAUAGUGUCUUCUAUAGUGGUCCUUUCAUCUACUCUGAUAUUUUGGAUUACAAGAAUCUUCGUGAGAUAGUGGUGAACAACAGGAUUACUUGGCUAUUUCAUUACAGUGCUUUGCUCAGUGCAGUUGGAGAAGCUAAUGUCCCUUUGGCAAGAUCUGUGAAUAUUACUGGGCUACACAACAUUCUUGAUAUAGCUGCCGAGCAUGGUUUGCGACUCUUUGUUCCUAGCACAAUUGGCGCCUUUGGACCAACUUCCCCUAGGAAUCCAACCCCUGAUCUCUGCAUCCAAAGGCCAAGGACAAUCUAUGGAGUUUCUAAGGUUCAUGCUGAACUUAUGGGAGAGUACUAUCAUUAUAGAUAUGGGCUUGAUUUCCGGUGUCUAAGGUAUCCUGGCAUUAUCUCAGCAGAUUCUCAGCCUGGUGGAGGAACAACUGAUUACGCAGUCCAAAUUUUCCAUGAUGCUCUCAAGACUGGAAAAUUCCAAUGUAAUCUUAAACCAGACACCCGCUUGCCAAUGAUGUAUAUUGAUGACUGUCUUAGAGCUUCUUUGGAGAUCAUGGAAGCACCUGCUGAGCAGCUGAGCAUGAGGACUUACAACAUCAAUGCCAUGAGUUUUUCACCUGAGGAGCUGGUUCAAGAGGUCCAGAAGCAUAUUCCAGAACUUGAAGUUGCCUAUAAUGUAGAUCCUGUUAGACAAGCCAUUGCUGAGAGUUGGCCAAUGGUUUUUGAUGACAACAAUGCCCGCCAAGAUUGGGGAUGGAAACAUGAUUAUGAUCUUCCAGACCUGGUGACCACCAUGUUCAACUUCCUUAGCUCUGUCCGUUCCGUUUCCAGAGUUGCUCAAGUCAGCUAAGUCUUUAUAUGAUGCAGCCACCAGAUGUCUCAGAGCACUUCAUCUACUAAAAUUUGAAGAGCCUGCUAUUUGAACAUGAUUAUUGAUUUCUCAGUUCGCUUUUCUUUUUGCUAAAGAAAUAUACAUGCAUAUACAGUAUAUUUGCUAAAGAUAUAUACACAUACAUGCAUAUACUGAGAAAAAGUUUGUAUACAUUUCUGAAAGCUGUCUAACUAUAGGGACCCUCAGGAAAUAGUUGUUCAUUAGCUGCAAUUACUCUCCCAAUUCUAAAUAUUUAUUUGGAAUAUACUCUUUUUGUUGUUUUGUUCUUUUAUAGGGCUAUACAUGCUUCAGUAAAGAUUUGGAAGAAGUACUUUGGAACUCACAUGAAUGUAUCAUCCUUUUGCUAUUCAUUAAAUCUUCUUUUUUUAGGAUUAUAUUCAAGCCUGACCAAAAAUGCUUCUGUAGAAGGCUAAAAAAUGGGGUAGUAUAAUGAGUGAGCAGAGAGGUGCUAAGUUUGUUUAAGGAUCAAAGCAUCUUUUCCUAUUCAUUUUGAAGUGUGCACAGCCUUAAAAACUACAUCUAAAACUAAAUUAUGUCCUACUUGAAUUUCUUGGGCUAUAAAAUGUAAAUGACAUGGGAAGGAGAGGAGCAUUAAGGAGAGACUUCACAAAAGGGAAACAUAUUCUCAGUUCUGUUGAUUUUCUGACAGUUUGUUCUACCUUUAAGUGCAAAUUCUCCUGAACUUCCUGCUCCCAUAUUCAUAGAAAACUGAACACAACUAUACAGUUCCCUGGAAGGAUCAAAUAUUGGGUCUUAUGUUUUUAUUAUUUGCAAGCUCUCUUUGUCCACUAGAGCCCCCCUAUAGUUUCAUGGAGUGAAAUUAGUAUUGGGAUGCUAUAGUUUCUAAGAGAAUAGAGUUCUGGAUUGUUGCAAAUAUCCCCCAAGUCUGCAGCACUAGGAAGCAAAUGACAGAAAAAAACUGAGGGAUACUUGCAAUUAUGAUAGCUGCAAGCAGGGCAGCUGCAAAAUUGUGCUUUGAUUAUUUCAGAUCUAUGACCUAAAUAAUGUUAUGGAAAUUCAAACUAGAUUACAUUAAAAAAAUCAGAUUAAAUAUGUGAAUCUGUCGUUUGUUUCCUAUUUAUAAAUUAUGGUACUUUGGGUUAUGUGCCUGUGUUUUUAGGUAUUUUGGCAUCACUGAAAAUACAAGAUUUAAAAAUACAGUUUAAUUCUUUCCCCAACCUGAUAUAAAUGUGUUCAGUUGCCUAUGAAAGUGAUUUUUUUUCCUUCUCUGUUUGCCUUUGUUGUAUAUUGAUACCUUCAACAUUCCAUAGCCCAGGCUAAUUUAUAAACAGAUGCUGUUUGCUCAACUUUAGGUAUUUUUUAUUCUGUACUGUAUGUAAAAGUAGGACCAGUCCAUAGAAACCUUGGCCCUGAAUUAGGCAAGAAUGUAUCCUCCUUUUAGAGCACAGGGGAAUUAAAUGUGAAUCCAGAUAUUUCCUCUUCAGGUACUCCUUUGUUCUGAACAUUCCUAAGGCUUUGGAAUUUUUCUGAAAUACUUGUGGAGCCCCUCAAGUUAGUGGUCAUUUUUUAGCAACCCUGAAUCAGUUUCCAAUUGAACAGGCCUAGAUCAACAAUAAGCAUAUUUAAUUAAUUUAUAUAUUGUGAAUUAUAUGCCCCACAAUUUCAAAAAGCUCUGAGAAUCUUACAGAUAAUACAAAAAUAGCCAUAAUUAAAAGGAAAUAACCAAACCUAAUAACAAUCACCACUGACACCAAAGAAAAUAGUACUGGCAAUAAUGUUCAUGAUUGAAGGAAGGGGACUGCCACAUCAUCAGUCCUCAAAGACUUUCCAAAAAAGAGUCUGAGUUUGGCAGCUUUCCUCAACACAAAGAGUUGGUACUGUUCCAAACAUCCAGGUUCAGGGUCACUCUGUGAUAAGAAUAGGGGAUUGUUUUUGUACCACUGUUGUGGGCUUUCCAAAGGCAUGCUUUGGACAAAAUGGAGUAGAAUACACGAACAUUUUAGUCUACUCAGUGGCCUACUGAUGGUCUACAUCUCCAUGUGAAGGAUACUGCAUGAUGCAUCGUUGUCUUUUAUAGGUUCUUCAGAUUUUAGAUCUGUUUUUUAUCCCACUUUUAUUAUUUUUAUAAGUUACACAAAAUGGUGGACCUCACCUAAUACUCCUUCCUCCUCCAAUUUUCCUCACAACCACCACCAAUGUGAGGUGAGCUAAACUAAGCUGAGACAGAGUGACUGGCCCAAAGCCAGCCAGUCAACUUUCAUGCCUUAUUACCCCUUGAAUUCUCAGAAGAUAUAGGGUGUACUCGUAUAUUUCAUUGUUACAUUUCUGUGCACGCCGCAAGCGCUUACUCUGCAAUACAGUAGGCAUGUUGCCUACAUUUAGAAUGUUGCUUUUCAUUCUAACUCUGAAAGAGGAUUUAGACUUUUGGUCAUAACUGUUCAGAUUACACUUUUGGCCCAACGGGUCUGCUAAGCAAAACCUAAUCAAAUAAGUUUACAAUGUUAAGAAUUUAAAAAUAAUUUCCAAACAGAGAUCACUUUGAUAUUGAAAAACAGUCUCAAGUAUUUUCUUUAUUUAAUACAAAUGUGCUGAAUUAAUUAUAUAACUGUCCUUUUUUUCUGUAAUAAGAAAUAAUUCAUAAGAAAGAUUUUUUUUGUUUAGUUUGAUUUAUUAUAAAAUACUGGAAGACGACUGUGGCUAUUCUGGUGAGAUCAUGAUAUUAAAAUCAAAAUUCCCAUAUUUAGGCAAAGAUUUGGUCUGUGAAAUUUAGUUACUAUUUUAUCAAGAUAUUUAAAGAUUGUGUUUCCCUUGUGGAAUACAUUAUAGCCAAACCUUUGUAUUAUUACUCUGUAUGUCCAAUGACUUUAAUGGGAUUUAGCAUUCAUGAAUGAAAGGUUAUUCAUUAAUUUAUUCAUUUAUUUAGCAUUCAUACUUUUUAUCAGUUCUGAAUUGCAUAGUUUCGUUUAACAAGGAAUAUUUGUAUCCUGAUUAAGAGUAAAAAAAAGAGUUUUCUUUCUUUCUCUACCACUCUAUUGAAAGUUAUUCAUACUAUUUAAAUAAAGUUCUAAAUACAUA